GAUCCUGUUUUUACUUUCAAUACUUCAGGAACUUUCAUCGCCAGGAAAGAUGGCCUCGAAAUUAUCCAUACUGUUUCAGAUACCGAUCGCCAAUUUGUUCUUCCAACUGAACUACGUUACACAGAAGGCACGUUAUCGUUUACGUUUGUUUCCCCCGAUGGUAACGUUUUGUCUGGCUCAGUUUUGAUCCCCAGUUCUACUCGAUGUUCUAGAAUCUCCUGUACUUUUUGCAAAGAAAUGUUGUUGAAUCUUUCAUGCCUACCCCACACCAUUCAGUACUUAGUUUAUGGAUUUAUCAUCGUUGUUUCUGGUCUAGUUAUUAUCUACGUUCGAUCUGCCUGUAACGCUAUUUUCAGUAUACUUCGUACUAUUUGCUACAUUAUCUUUGGCAUUUACCGUCUUGUCCGUUCUUGCUUCCGCCUUUCUCUACGAACGGGCGCUGUAGCUGGCCAUACAUCCCGCCGCCAGAUUUCUACAGCCUUCUCUAAAAUCUCAAAAUUUGCCGAUUCACCCAAUCAGGUACAGACACCACCCGCUCCUAAAUCUAUGCAGCUUAAGUAUAGUGUGGUUAUUCUUAUUUGUUUUUUACCGCUCAUUCUGGCUUCUUCUAUUCACGAUGACUGCAAUGAACUCAAAAUAAUAUCUUCUCGUAUAUCGCAGUGUCAAACACUGCCCACAGGUAAGCAAUCCUGUGUUAUCUCAGGACAGGCACAGCUUAGUCUGAGUAACAUAGGUUCUACGACUUGCAUGUUCUUUUCGGACGACAGUGGCGCCAAUGUUUAUUACCUUCGGAUUAAAUUUGAAGACGUCUUUUGCCAAUGGACCACAAUUCACCAAUAUUAUACUUUUCCGGUUUCCGUUGAAAUUUCUUCCAAGUUGAUAUGCCCUAACUUUGAGUAUUGCAGCUGGGGAGCCAAAUGUGUUCCUCGGCGAGAAUACUUUCCGGAAAUCACCAAAGAAUCACUUUCAUGGCCCGGCAUCACGUCAUGCAUUUCUAUUCCGGCAAAAACUAGAUUUUGUGGCGUCAUUCAUUAUGAUCCCUGCCUUCAUUUCCGCUGGUACCUACUCCCACAGUACAAUGCCACCUAUCGUGUUGACAAGAUUACAGGGCAUACCUGUCAACCGAUCAUUACCAUUUCGGAAGCUAUCGACAAUCGUUUAGUCAAUACCACGACAUCCGAUCAAGUUAUUACAAAUUCUGGCAUUGAACUGAAUGUCUUAGGUACCUAUGACCAGCCCCUAUCCCUGCCAUCCCCAUACCUCGUCCAAAACGUCCAUGACUUUUCUGACUCACAUCUGGAAUCCGCUUCUUCUCCAUCUCAGCCUACCCCAGGUCAAUUGGGUGACAUUCAGGCCCCCAAACCGCUGUCUACCGAUUUUAUUUUUAGCCCCCUCAUGGUUGACUGCACUAACUACGAAACAACCCUUCGAUGCCAUAUCCCUCAAAGUUACAUUUCGGUUAUCCAGAAUCAGCGUCCUAAUAUCCUUCCUCGCGCCGUUCAUAACCACCACCUUUACAUUAAUUCGGACGGUGUUUUGCAAUCUAAACUACUUCGGAGUGCCCCAGUAAAUAUUCACAUACGCUUCAAUGACAUGUCCCUUGCCAUAUCCCAUUACAAAAUUUGUCCUCGUAUUGAAUCGAUUGAUUCAGUCACUGGGUGUCAUUCAUGUCCAGUGGCUGCCAAAAUUAUCAUACGAGCCAAAUCCAUCUGCUCUCCAGGUACGGUUUCCGUAUCCUUCAAUAAUAUCCCACUUUCAUCCCGUGCAGUGGCCUUAUCCACUGACAGCUCCCUCGUGACAAUUCAGUUCGUUACGUCGGUCCCCUGUCACGAGGAAAGACUGUGUCUUUACUAUAACGAAAUUAAAAGCUGUGAACCCGUCUCUUUCUGUUUAGAUACCCCGACUCUUUCCCUCACCCAGCGCAAUGAGACGGUCGCCCAGUCCACAGCCGUUAUUCACUCUAGUGGUCUCUUUGAUUCUUUUCUUUCGACCACUUCUUCAUUGGGAACUACACUACAGCAGGGUCUCUACUGGUUCUUCGCUAUUAUCGCCGCUAUCUUCAUCUUUUCGAUGACAGCCGAUCAUACUCGCAUCGCCUGUUGCUGCAUGCCGACUCACUCCUCAUGGGCCACAAUGGACUGUCAAAUACACACGGCUGACCGAUCUUCACGUCUCCGCUGCCUGGCCAAGGGCCCGGCCGGCAGCCGGGACGUCGAGUACCCGCCGAGUCAACCACACCGCCACUGGUACCUGACUCCAUGGCGAUUAUCCGGCGUCGCAUUCACGGGACCACAUUACCCGAGUGCGGUCAAAAUCGCCCUACAAGUACAAUCGCCACACAACCAUGGUCCGGUACCAGUGCAUCGACUCGAGACGUCCCCGUCGACUUCUGCUCGCGCACCAUCCAGAGGUCCCCUCCACCAACGGCCGUCGCUGUCGACUCCAGCCAGUUGCCACCACAAUCACUGGCCGCCAGCAGUCGACAGUACCGCCCGCUCCAGCCGGCCGCGCCUUCUGUCACUGUCCACUGACGGUGACCUCAUCGGCGCGGCUCUGUCAUGGGCCGGGACCUCGGACAUCAAGAUCCGGAGGAUCUACACAUCUCCGCGCUGCGAGCAAGUCACCCACCAGCUCGGGACGUCUACUUCUUCACUCGGUCGUGUGUUGUUCUGACGCCUCCUAUUGUCGGCUCAUGGGGGAGGGGAGGUAAUGUCGCAAGGCUUUGUUCAAAGGACUAUUGCUACAAGCGCGUAUGGCCUUGUUCAGGUGCGUGCGGCCCGCUGCAGAUCCGGGUUAUUAAUUCAACGACUGACCGGUUCUGCAGAGGUUUCCGCGUCGUUCCUCGAAUAAGCUUAUGCGCUUGCCGCAUGACGCUCCUUAUAUGAUCGCGCUGUGCGUGAAAGAUCCUGUAUAAAAGCGUGCGUGAAUUAUCAAAUACACAGAGUGCUCGAGACCGGCUUUGGGGACGCAUCGGCACACCGAACCU